AUGCGCAUAGAGAAAUGUAGGACAGGCUGGAACGCAGACAGAGCCCGGUGGCUCCGGGUGCCGGAGGCAGAGGUAACACAGGAGCCUUCUGACUUCGAAGAGGACGGUUGCCUGUUAGAGGUGAUACGAAGCUCUCGCUCCCAUCCCAACGAGGGCAAAGACCUGAGCGACAUGAGCGAGGACGAGCGCGAGCAGCUGGAGGAUUGCUUGGACUCUACGGAGAAACCCUACCCGCAGCCCAAGCGCCCUGUGACGCUGACGCAGGCCGUGAAGUGCGCGGAAGAGCUUUGGGAAGAUGCAUAG